AAUCCAAGCCUGUGUUGUCCCAUAAUUCAUGGAGGCGACGGUGCUUCCCGGGGCUGAGCCGGAAUGCAUGGCCCCCAUGGAGGCUCUGAGGAAACUUGCUGCUGCUUUAGUGUCCCACCAAAAGCACCCCAGGCCCCUCUGCUACCUCUCGGAGAGGUGCUGCAUGCCGCUGGCUUUCCUUUGAUGGAGAACUUUGCAGGAUCAGUCACCAGGGACCAAAACAGGACCUUGAUCUGGAAGACAGUAAUCGUAACCAAAGUUGUUCUGCAAUGCAGGGGUGCACGUGAACACCACCAUCCCCAUCUUGGCAACACGUCCCAUGUGCUUGAGAAAACACCUUUAAUUAGGGAGAUUUUGCUCUAGAUCCCGGCUAGGCACCCAUCCACCUGCCUGCUAGGCUCGGGCAGACCUCUGUGCCGCUCCCUAUCCAACUGGUUCCCUGUCACUUCGGGGCAGCUGGUGAUGGGGAGCCAGGAGAAGACACUGCAAGGGGUUGCUUUGGGUUUGUCUGUGGCCGGCUAAUGAGCCCAGAGCAGUGCAGGGUCAGUGUUUUACCUGUAGGUGUCUGUUCAGCUGCUAGUGUUUAACUUCAGUAUAAUGACAAAUACCUGCUGAUUCCCUUGUGUGUCCGGGUGGGUGUUUUCUGCCCCAAGGAGGCUGCAAUGUGUUGGUUGAAGCCCUUGGGGGGACAGUUGCCAAACUCUGGCUCCAAACCAGCGCAAGAGUAAUUGCAGUGCUGCGAAAUGCUUGCGAGAUCAGCCCUAAAUCCCUGGGUGCUGGGACACAGCGUGUUAGGGGAAGCUGCUCGUGGAACUGCUGGAAGGAGAAGAGCCGAAGAAAUUGCCCACCCAGGUGGUGACAAAGGACAGCGGGUUGAGGAGCCGAAGCUCAUUGCAGGGAAUUUUCUCGUGCGCUGUACAGGCAGGCAGCCUGGAGCCCCGAAAAGCUCCCUUGGUUGCCCUGGUUUGCAAUCGCUGCCUUCACAUUAAAAAAAUAAAGGCAGGAGGGACCUGCAAAUGCAUCUUCAAACAAGUGGAAAAAAUGGGGGAUGAGAAGGACCGGUGGUGAAUUGCAAACACAGCUGUGAGGUCAGGUGGGCUAUAAUAACCCCCCUGGAUGGGGAACAGCCUAAUGAAGUGCAGGGCUUGCAGUCACUCAAGGUGUUUCCUUUUUGGCACAUGUGUGGCAAGUAAUUAUUUUGCCAGAGAGCAAGGUCUUCUAGCCGGCCUCACCAUGUUCAGCAAGAAGAAGAAACGUAUCGAGAUCUCUGCUCCCUCCAACUUUGAGCACCGCGUCCACACCGGCUACGACCAGCAAGAGCAGAAAUUCACAGGGCUGCCGCAGCAAUGGCAGGGCAUCAUCGAGGAGUCGGCCAAGCGCCCCAAGCCGCUGGUGGACCCUGUCUGCAUCACCACCAUCCAACAUGGCUCACAGAAGACCAUCGUGCGGGGCAGCAAAGCCGCCAAGGACGGCUCCCUGACCUGGCUGCUGGACGAGUUUGAGAACAUGUCUGUGUCCCGUUCCAAUUCUCUGCGCAGGGACAGCCCCCCCUUCCUGCCCCGCCGCGACCAGCUCUACCAGGAGAACGGCCUCUCCGAGGGCCCGGCCACUGCCCGGCCGCACGAGGAUGCCAGCAGGAGCAAGGAGAAAAGCCGUCACGGGGCCAGGAGCGAGCUAGAGCAGGGCAAGGAGAGACCCCGGGAGAGGGAGGACCAGCGCGCCCACCACCACCAGCAGCCCUGCGGGCAGGAACCCGGCCCCAAACCUGCUCCCCCUGCCGGUGGCCGCCCGCCCCCUCCCGAGUACCCCAAAACCCCGGCCGAGCGGGAUGGCUGGUGGGACUACCCUGCCGACAGGGACUACAGCGAGCCAGCCGACCGGGUGGUGUGGCGGGAGCGCCCUGAGCCCUCGGACAAGCGCCCCAAAUCCACCUAUGCCGGCGAGACCAGCCCACAAUCCCCCCGGGACAAACGCCCGCUCUCCGGGCCCAAUAUCCGGACUCCCAACAUCCCCGUCUCUGAAGGGGUGAUGAAGACUGCUCAGCAGAUGGGACGGCCUUUUAAUACCUACCCGAGGGCUGAGACCAACCCCAGCAGGGGCGCAGGUUCACAGGCAGAGCACCGGCCAGGACAACUGCAAGAGGUGGCAUCCAACGGGCUGGUGAGCAGCGGUGCUGGCUCCUCCCGAGCCCACCCCCCCGGUCCGCCACGCUCCAAAAACCCCAAGCCGCCCCAUCCCGGCCUCACCCCGCACGCCUCGGAUCCCCACCUUGCUUGCCAGCUGCCCACUGGCCCCCCACCCGCCCCCGGCGGGGCCACAGCAGCCCCGCUCGCCCCAACGUGAGCCCCAGCGCGUCUCCCACGAGCAAUUUCGGGCGGCCCUGCAGAUGGUGGUGGAUCCCGGAGACCCCCGCACCUACCUGGACAACUUCAUCAAGAUCGGUGAGGGCUCCACCG